AUGUCGCUCGACUCUGCUGUCGACGCUCUUGCAAAGCUUUCCAUAUCUCCCCCAGCCAAGACAACCCACGCCGCCGCGCCCUCUCCCGCCGCAUGGCGCGAGGCUCUCGAAGCGUCCGCCGACGCCCCCAAGGGCUUUGAACUCGUCAAGUUCCUCGUGUACAAGCCAAAGACCGCGAAGACCGCAACUCCUGUUCCUGUCGUCGUCAUUGCUCGAGAAGCAACAGAAGUUCCUUCCGGCACCCUUGGCAAAGUUCUCAACCUCAAGGAGCUGCGUCUCGCAUCCGAGGAUCUGCUGAAGGAGUUCUUUAACCUCGACAAAAACUCCCUGUCCCCCCUCGUACUCACCUCGCAAACGUACUCAAAGAUUACCACUGUCAUUGACGAAUCAAUCGCGAGCUCAACAUCUCCAUUCGCGCUUCGCGGCCUCUCCUCCGGCACCACUGUCUUCCUCUCCGGCAAGGACCUCUACGCCUUUAAGACCGCAAAGGAGGAAGCAAAGAUCGAGGGUGCGAUCCAGAUCGCCAUUGGCGUGAAGAAAGAGGUCGACUUCCCCACGUGGUAUACGAACGUCCUCAUAAAGGCGGAUAUGCUCGAAUACUACAACGUCAGUGGAUGCUACAUCCUGAGACCAUGGUCCUAUAGCAUCUGGGAGUCCAUCCAGGAUUGGUUUAACAGCCAGAUCCGUGAGAUGGGCGUUCAGAACGCAUACUUUCCCAUGUUCGUCUCUUCAAAAGUAUUGGAGAAGGAGAAGGAUCACGUUGAAGGCUUCUCUCCUGAGGUUGCAUGGGUCACACGAGCAGGGAAGACCGACCUCGAGGAGCCUAUUGCUAUCCGCCCAACCUCUGAGACCGUCAUGUACCCUUACUACGCGAAAUGGAUCCAGAGCCACCGUGAUCUACCCUUGAAGCUCAACCAGUGGAAUAGUGUUGUCCGUUGGGAGUUCAAGAACCCGCAACCCUUCCUGCGUACGCGCGAGUUCCUCUGGCAAGAAGGCCACACCGCCUUCCUCACCAAGCCCGAAGCCGACAAGGAGGAGCUGCUCGCGGUGCCCGUCAUUCCCGGCGUCAAGUCCGAGAAGGAGAAGUUCGCGGGCGGACUGUACACGACUACCGUCGAGGGCUUUGUGCCCACGACCGGGCGCGGCAUCCAGGGCGCAACGUCGCACUGUCUCGGCCAGAACUUCUCCAAGAUGUUCAACAUCUUCGUCGAGGACCCGACAGACCCGACGAACCAGGCGAAAGUGCACGUCUGGCAAAACUCGUGGGGUCUCUCCACGCGCACGAUCGGCGUCAUGGUCAUGACCCAUGGCGACAACCAGGGCCUCGUCCUCCCCCCGCGCGUCGCGUCCGUGCAGGUCGCGAUCGUCCCCUGCGGGCUCACCGCGAAGACGACGGACGAGCAGCGCCAGACCGUCAACGACGCGUGCGCGGACCUCGCCGCCACCCUCAAGAAGGCCGGCAUCCGCGCGCGGGCCGACCUCCGCGACGGAUACACCCCCGGCUACAAGUUCAACGACUGGGAGCAGAAGGGAGUCCCCCUCCGCCUCGAGAUCGGCCCGGCGGAUCUCGCGAAGCAGCAGACUCUCUCCGCCCGGCGCGACACGGGCGCGAAGGCUCCCCUCCAGCUCGCGGACAUCACGACCGCCGUGUCGGGCCUGCUCGAGACCAUCCAGGCGGACAUGUUCGCGCGCGCGCAGAAAGCGUACUUCGAGUGCCUGAAGACGAUCACCCGCUGGGAGGACGUCGUGCCGACGCUGGACGACAAGUGCGUCGUCGUCAUGCCCUGGUGCGAGACCGAGGCGUGCGAGGACGACAUCAAGGAGUGCAGUGCCCAGGCGUCGGAGCCCACGGACGAGCGUGCCCCGUCGGCAGGUGCCAAAUCGCUCUGCAUCCCCUUCGACCAGUCCCGCUGGCCCAAGAUUGAGCCGGGCGUGACCAAGUGCGUCGGGUGCGGCAAGGACGCGAAGCGAUGGACGAUGUUCGGCCGCUCGUACUAG